AUUGGCUGUACAAUCCUGUUUUCUCAAACUGGUCCGAACCCAGACUAGGAUCUCACCUUCUUCAUUCUCUCUCUCUCUCUCUCUCUCUCUCUCUCUCUCUCUCUCUCUCUCUCUCUCUCUCUCUCUCUCUCUCUCUCUCUCGGGAAUUCAAGGAUUCUAUCCCAUAAAUCAGAAACAAAAGCCAGCCACCCCAUUGAGCCAUAUGUCUCAACGACGAUCCCAUGUUCCAAAGUUUGGCAGUUGGGAUGCAGAUAAUAUGCAUUUUUCAGGUGACUUUGAGACUGCACGCAAGGAUAGGGCCACCGUGGUGGGGAUGAAUCCGAAUGGUCAGCAAGAGAAUCCAGAGGCCUUCAUGUUUGGAAGAGUGAGACCCGGAAGCGGAGUCCAUGUCGACUCUGAUAUAUUAGAGGUAGUGGAGAAACGCCCUACUGAGGGACUUGGGAAGGACAGUUCGAGUCUCAGGAGCAUGGUUUCAGCAUCAGGAAACGAUAAAAGCAGUCCCGACAACUCACUUCAGCAGCGAAACCCCCGGCGAUCGAGAAGUGACAGAAAUAAUAGUCUGACUGAGAUUAACAACUUUGCUACAUCUUCACCAGGAUCCGGUACGCUUCGAAGUGCUAAUAAUGCAUCUGAUGAUAAGGAUACGUCUAAUAUUAAUAGAUCAGCAUCAGUGCCCAAAUUUGGGGCAUGGGAUGAAAUGGACCCAAACGAAGGUUAUACCGUCAUUUUCAACAAAGUGAAGGAGGAGAAACAGAAUGCAGCUACCAAGUUCACAGCGGCUACCCCAAAACCUAGCAACUCCGUGAAAAACCAGAUUAAACCUACUCGAUCAAAGAUGUGUUGCUGCCUGUAUUAAAGAGGAAGCGAUCAAUUCACACAGCUUUGGUCCUGACGAAAAUUGAUUCUGUUUUAUAUAGAACGUUGUAAAAUCUUUGCAACCGAACGCUUAUCCCCGAGGGGUUAAGAAGAAUGGUGAUGAAUCAAGUAUUUUUGACAUAGACCUCAGCUUCUAUUCAGUUCUACUAAUGGCAAAUGAUAAUGUCAAAAAUACUUUUGUUAAUGUUAAAAAAAUUCCGGUUCAGUGCAUAAAAAGACGUGUCAUUUGGUA